AUGGACUUGCCGCUGCUUGCGGCGCUCGGGGCGCUGCUGUGCGUCUGCUGCAGCAUCGAGGAGGGCUCAGCUUAUACGUUCAGGACUUUCAUGGGCGCGGAAAUUGCCACAACUGCGAUCUCGAGCAGCGCGGUCGUGCAGCGUCCCUGCGAGUGUCGCGCGCUGUGCCGGGACGCAUGCGUCGCGGUGGCCAUCAGGCGUCGGCUACCAAGCCACUUCCACUGCUCCUUCACCGAACAAAAGAUCGCAUUCACUAACGACCUUGUGGCCUCUACUCUUGACAGCAGGGUGUUCUACAAACGCCAGGGAUGCCGGACCAACUUCACGCUCGUGGACAACGUGGGCUGCAUUUACGUCUCCACCGUCGCACUGAACUUCACCGCCGCCGCCGCGUCCUGUCCCUUCGACUCCCAACUCUUCACCGCCAACUUCCUCAUCGACUUCAACGCCAUGCGGGAAUACCUCCUGAAGAAUGCCGAUUCCUCAAGCAUGAAUCUUUGGAUCGGCCUGAACCGUACUUCGAACAUCGAAACUUGGAAAUGGUUUGGAAGCGGGACCAUCCAGGCUCCCACCCCAGUGGGGAUGGUCCCAGGCGGGACCAUCCCCCCAUCGCCCUACUGGGGCAAAAAUGACCCCAACGAGAAUUCAGAUUGCGCCAAAAUUCUUCUGAAACCAACUAUCGGUUAUUUCUAUCACGUAGCCGAUGCGCAAUGUUCCCUUGAAUACAAGUUUCUUUGUAAGCAAAUUUGAGCCUGUAUGGCUGUUCUAACAUACAUUCGAAAGGAACGCAGCCUUCAUAUAGUGCCUGAGCCAGGUUAUAUGCAAGUAGAAUAACGGAAAAUGCUUCGUUUAACGAAUUUCUUUGCAUACCAUCAAAUCAUAGCUGAUAAAUCUCUCUAAGCCUUUUUAAAAAGGUUUAUAAUAAAAAUUUAUCUGAUUCUAAUAUAUAUAUAUGCCUAAUUACCAUUUAAAAUGAUACUAACAAACACGGCCUCCAGCGAAAUAACCACUGAGGAUUUGAAUAGUACAUUAAAAACUCUCUAGUUGUAUUGAUAGUCUUGGCUUCAUUACAAUCCGUAACUUUGAACUUAAUGGCAGUAU